AUGGCUCACUCAAUCACAGUGUCACAUUCAGACUUAAAAGACAGCAUCCAGUCCACUAAACGGAGUUCAGAUGUGGAUGAGACACAUCCAAUGUGGCUCUCGGCGCCAUCCACUGUGUUUGAAAUCGACUCGGUGGUGCUGAAAUGCCAAAGAAAGACGGAAAUCCCCCUGAGAACUGUGCAACUGUACAAGAAUGAGAAAUUUCUGGCAGACCUUGGCCAAACCUCCGACUUCCACAUUGAGCAAGCAAGUCUGAAGGACAACGGUGUAUACAAAUGCUUCACAAUUAAGGCAGAGUGUUGCUCAGUUUCUUCAAACACAGCCAAAAUUGAAGUCCAAGGAGCUAUUACCAAGGUCUACAUUGACACCCAACCAGACUUGAAGUCAAUAUUUGAAGGGCAGGAGCUGGUCCUCUGCUGCUCAGUAAAUGGAGUCCCAGGGACCAUCAGCAGCAUCAACUGGUACAAAAGCAAAGAAAGUGAGGAAAGGAAGAUGAAGAUUUCCUCAGAAAGAGAUUUCAAGAUCUCUGUGGUGAGAAGUAGCGAUGCCGGAAAUUAUUCCUGUGUAGCCAGCAAUGGGCUCCUCUCCUUCUACAGCAAGCCUGUGACUGUCACUGUGAAAGUCCCUGUGUCCCCUCCUGUGUUCAACCUCAGCACUCCCAGGACCCCGGCUCGGGAGGGAGACGUCGUGACUCUUCACUGUGAAGCACAGAGAGGUUCUCCCCCAAUUCAGUAUCAGUUUUUUCACAAAGGAGUGUAUCUCCGGAGGCAACAGACAACUUCAUACUUGAGGUUCGCUGUAACAGCCGAACACUCUGGGAGCUACUACUGCACAGCCAGCAAUGGCCAGGAGGCCCGGCGCAGCAGGGCCAUGAGCCUCUCCGUCAUGGUCCCUGUGUCCCCUCCUGUGUUCACCCUCAGUACUCCCAGGACCCCGGCUCAGGAGGGAGACUUCGUGACUCUUCGCUGUGAAGCACAGAGAGGUUCUCUCCCCAUCUUUUACCAGUUUUAUCAUGACAAUGCCCCCUUGAGGAGAAGCUCAACCUUGUCUGGGGGAGGAGUGUCCCUCAGCUUCUUCCUGGGUACUGAACAUUCUGGGAACUACCACUGCACAGGUGACAAUGGCUUUGGCCCCCAGAAGAGUGAGUCCAUGGACCUCUCCAUCUCUGUUCCAGUGUCUCGCCCUGUGCUCACCAUCAGAACUCCCGGCGCCCAGGCUGUGGAGGGGGACCUGGUGGAGCUUCACUGUGAGGCCCAGAGGGGGACGCCCCCUAUCUUGUACACGUUUUAUCAAGAAGACAAGACCCUGGGGAGCAUCUCAGCCCCCUUCAGUGGAGGAGCUUCCUUCAACCUCUCCCUGACUGCAGAACAUUCUGGAAACUAUGACUGUAUGGCCAGCAAUGGCCUAGGGGCCCAUCGCAGUGAGAGAAUGUGGCUCAGUGUCACAGUUCCAGUGUCCCAACCUGUUCUCACUCUCAGGGUUCCUAGAACCCAGGCUGUGGUGGGGGAUACGGUGGAGCUUCACUGUGAGGCCCAGAGCGGCUCUCCCCCGAUCCUGUACUGGUUUUACCAUGAGGACAUUUCCCUGGGCAGCAGUUCAGCCCCCUCUGGAGGAGGAACAUCCUUCAGCCUCUCUCUGACCACAGAACAUUCAGGAAGCUAUACCUGCCAGGCCAGCAAUGGCUUCAGGGCCCAACGGAGUGAGGCAGUGACACUCAGCAUCACAGUUCCUGUGUCCCGCCCUGUGCUCACCCUCCGGGAUCCCACCCAGGCUGCAGUGGGGGAUGUGCUGGAGCUUCACUGCGAGGCCCAGAGGGGGUCUCCCCCCAUCCGGUACCGGCUUUAUCAUGAGGACGUCAUCCUGGGAAACAGCUCAGCCCCUGCUGGAGGAAGAGUGUCCUUCAACCUCUCCCUGACCACAGAACAUUCUGGAAACUACUCCUGCGAGGCUGACAACGGCCUGGGGGCCCAGCGCAGUGAGGCGGUGACACUUUAUGUCACAGGGAUGACAGGAAGCAGAGUUGGCGCAGUUGCCACAGGUGUCACCGGGGGGCUGCUCAGCAUGAUGGGCCUGGUUGUCGCACUGCUGUUGUAUCACUGGAUCCCGAGGAAAGCAGGAAGAAGGCCCGCCCCUGACGCUGCCAGCUCUUCAGGCUCAGCGCCUCAAGAACCCACCUACUACAAUGUCCCAGGCUGGCUAGAGCUGCAGCCAGUGUACAACAAUGUAAAUCCAAAAAGCAGCGAUGUGAUAUACACAGAAGUCUGGACAAAAAAGAAAAGCAAACCUGCAGAUGUGCACUUUGGCGGCUGCCUUGGCCAGCCAGCGGUCCCAGCUACUCUCAACACCCAGAGCCCACAAGAGAGUACCUCAGCACAUGCACCGUGCACCUUCCACCUCCACACUGGGGUCCCCAUCGGGAUGAGGUGCAGAUGUGCAGAUGCUGCAUAUGGUUUCCGUGAGGACAACCUGAGAGAACAGCUAACCUGUUGCAAAGCUGUGGCCAAGCUGGGAGCACACGCCCCUAAAAGAGCUGUCCUCUUCCAAACUCUCUCCAUGCCCUUCACCUCUGUGAUUCUGUUUGUCCAUGAUGUACGGGAGCAUAAGCUUCUGCUUCAGCCUAUUUUGUAG